CCGAACGCACGGAUCGAUCGCGCGCUCUGCCGCCGCCGCCAUGAUAGGACGCGGGAACGCAGCAACGCCGCCGGGAUCGCACCACGGCCGCAGCAGGCCGCCGCCCCGCAAGUUCAAGUUGGUCCCGGAGGCCAUCUCCACCGGGGACGGUGACGGCGGCACCGUCUUCCGCGUCGGCCCCAUCAUCGGCACCGGCUCCUUCGGGGAGAUCUACCACGGCACGGACGCCGAGACCAAGGAGGAGGUCGCCAUCAAGCUCGAGUCUCUCAGGGCGAGGUUCCCCCAGCUGAUCUACGAGGCCAAGGUCUACAGGAAACUCCAAGGACAAGCCGGGAUUCCAAAUGUCCGGUGGUUCGGCGUCGAGGGCGACUACAGCGCCCUGGUCAUGGACCUGCUGGGGCCAAACCUCCAGGAGCUCUUCGAGUCCUGCGACGCCAAGCUCUCCCUCAAGACCGUCCUCAUGCUCGCCGACCAAAUGAUUGACCGGAUCGAGUGCCUCCAUACCAACUCUUUCGUGCACAAGGACAUCAAGCCACAGAACUUCCUCAUGGGCCGUGGCAAGAGCGCCAAUCUGGUUCAUCUUAUAGAUUUCGGAAUCGCGAGGAAGUACAUGGAGACGUCCAAGCACGGCAAGCAGCACAUCCCAUACAGGGAGAACAUGAUGGGCCUGCAAGGAACGCCGAGAUACGCUAGCAUAAACAACCAUCUCGGAAUCGAGCAAAGCCGGAGGGAUGACCUAGAAUCCGUCGGCUACAUGCUGCUCUACUUCCUCCGAGGAAGCCUCCCGUGGCAGGACGCGGACGCCGGGAACCACAGGGAGACGCACGACAUGAUCAAGGACAUGAAGAUCGCUACCUCACCCGAGGAGCUCUGCCGCGGACAUCCAGCCGAGUUCGCGUCCUACCUCAUCUACUGCCGCUCGCUGGGGUUCGAGGACGAGCCUGACUAUGCGUACCUCAGGAAGCUGUUCAAAGACCUCUUUGUUCAACAAGGCUUCGAGUAUGACUACGUUUAUGACUGGAUGGUUCCCCGGCAUUAUUACAAAGACGACUACCGGUACUGAGUUUUCUCUCUGGAGAGAGGAGGAUGCGAUGCCAAAUUGAAAAUUUGUACCAGUUGUAAUUCUGUGGAGGAGCAAUGUUCAUUCCGCUGUUGCUAGCUAGGGAACUGAAUUUUUUGUGGUUAUUCAUCUUGUCGAGAUUGUUUUACGAUUUAGCAAGGCA